UAUCUUUCUCACCGCCCUUCACUUCCAUUUCAUACGCUCUCACCCACCGCUUCUUUCUCCUCCUUCCUCCCCUUUCCAUUAGAGCUCUCACAGCCCAUCGUUGAAGGUCGAGAACUCCCAGUAACUUAAGCAGGCAUGAACAAAAUUAUCGUCUGAAGCAAUCAGGUUGCUUUUCUUCAAGGCACACAAAAAUGAACAAGGAAAGUACUGUUUAUGCUGAAGAUGCAAAGUUUCCAGUCCGAAUCACUAGAGCAAGGGCCAGAGCCUUGGGAUCAUUGGGAGGCAUACCUCCUUCCUCAAGGCCAUCCUUUAUGCAAGAACAGAAGCGCGCCCAUCCAACGAAGUCCAAAAGAGCAGCAUCUGAUGAGAACAAAGCUUCGGUCGUUACUAUGGACGGUCUCCAGAAUAAGAGGAGGGCAGUGCUCAGAGAUGUAACCAACAUCUGUGAAAAUUCAAAUGAUAAAAGUACUGACGCUUCAAGUUUUCAGGCAAAAGGAGGUAAAAACACAAAGUCAGCUUCAGUUGUAUCCACAGAAGCUUCAUCGACACAAGAAGACGUUAAAACAAAGUUAGCUGAAGAAUUAUCCAAAAUAAGGAUGGUAGAAUCACGUAACACCACUAAUGCAUUUAAGUUAGAAGACAAAAUGCCACCACAACGAUGCAUGUCCAAUGGUACAGAAGAUUGUCUCUCGGCAGGCCCCAUGCUUUCAACGCAGGAUUCUGUGAUGUCUGAUGAGAUCCUGACCGCUCCAGAUAAAGAAAUAGGGAAACUAAGAGCUUCGGAUGACUUGGGCAUUGUAGACAUUGAUUCAGAGUUAAAGGAUUCUCAAGUUUGGAGUUUAUAUGCCCCAGAUAUAUACAAUAACAUACGUGUCACAGAGCUUGAAAGAAGACCAUCAACUGAUUACAUGGAGAAGUUGCAGCAGGAUAUCAAUCCAAACAUGCGCGGAAUUCUGAUUGAUUGGCUUGUGGAGGUUUCUGAGGAAUAUAGGCUUGUUCCAGAUACUCUUUACCUCACUGUGAAUCUCAUUGACCGGUUUCUCUCUAUAAGUUUAACAACGAAACAAAAGCUUCAGCUUGUCGGUGUCGCUUGCAUGCUGAUUGCAUCAAAGUAUGAAGAGAUUUGUGCUCCUCGGGUGGAAGACUUUUGCUUCAUCACGGAUAAUACAUACACGAGAGAUGAGGUACUGAAAAUGGAGAGUGAGGUUUUAAAUCUUCUGCAUUUUCAAUUAUCUGUUCCCACCACCAAAACAUUUCUCAGGAGAUACAUCCAAGUAGCACAAUGUUCCUACAAGCUUCCCUGUGUUGAACUGGAAUUCCUGGCAAAUUAUUUAGCAGAGCUUACACUUGUUGAAUACAGCUUCCUCAAGUUCCUACCUUCCCUUGUUGCUGCAUCUGCUAUUUUCCUUGCCAGAUGGACGCUCAACCAGUCAGAACACCCAUGGAGCCCAACUCUAGAGCAUUACACAAGUUACAAAACCCCACAACUUAAAGCUAGUGUUCUUGCCCUGGAAGAUUUGCAGCUCAAUACCAAGUCAUGUUCCUUGAAUGCGAUACGUGAAAAAUAUAGACUUCAGAAGUUCAAGCGCGUGGCAGCAUUGUCUGCAAAAUCAGUGCUACCUCUUUUCGGGACUCAAUUGUAGAUGAUGAUACAGAGCUCUGAAGAAGAAUCACUUGAUCAAUUAAUGGGACUUGUGGGCCUGAUUGUGACGCGAUUCUGUGAAAUUGGUACAGCAAGAUAGUUUUCAACCAGUAGGUCUGUAUGUAAUGUAAUGCCUUUUAGAGCUAAAUAUUCUUUGGUAACUUGCUAGCCUCCUACCAAAUAGUGAUAUUGCUAACAUCAACAUCAACUACUCCCUUCAGGUUGCUUUCUUGCAACAAGCCUCGUUGCUCUCUCUGUCAAGGUUCCUAUUGUACCCAAACUUGUGUAAUGAAAAAUGCCCAAAAAUAUAUUUACGUUCUGUCUUUCA